ACAUCGACGCAAUGAGUCCGGGCUCGUCCCACCUCGGAGUCUCCCUGAAACGCACAGCAGAGCGCGGUGGAUGCUGCGGAGGAAGCGAUGACUUGUAGAGUGGAUUAAGCCUCUUAGCUCUGGGUUUUACAGGGAGAUAUCUGCAUUUGUUUUGUUUUUUUGUUUUCUUCCCAGAACGCAAAGUCACCUCAGCUGUUCAAACGCGCUCCGGACACGGCCACUGCGUCAAGAUGCUGGAUGAGAAUCGGCUCUUCACUUUGACACUGACAGUUGUUGCGCUGCUCGCCUGUGCCCUGUGCUUCAACGUGGAUGAGAAGAAUGGCAUGUCAUUCACUGGAGGUUCACUGGAGGACAUGUUCGGUUACACUGUCCAGCAGUUUGAGAACAGCGAGGGGAAAUGGAUUUUAAUUGGGUCGCCGUUGUCGGGACAGCCAGCCAGGCGCACAGGAGACGUCUACAAGUGCCCCGUUCAGGAAGGAGAAAAUAAAUGUAUCAAGCUAGAAUUACCAAAAAACACAACAGUUCCCAACCUAAACGAAGUCAAAGAGAACAUGACCAUGGGAACCACACUAGUGACCAAUCCCAACGGAGGAUUUCUGGCAUGUGGGCCUCAGUACGGGUACAUGUGCGGGCAGCAGCAGUACAUCUCAGGUGUUUGCGCCAACGUCAGCUCUUCCUUCCAGAUUCUGAGCUCCAUUGCCCCCGGUGUGCAAGAGUGCGCUAAAGAGUUGGAUAUUGUAAUUGUCUUGGAUGGAUCGAAUAGUAUCUACCCCUGGUCGAGUAUAACGGAAUUUCUAGUGCGCUUCCUUUCAAACAUAGCCAUCGGACCAAAACUUUCACAAGUGGGCAUUGUGUCUUAUGGUGAGACAGUGACUCACAACGUCAACCUGAGUCAGUUUGACAACACUGCAGACCUGGUGGACUUUGUCAAAGAGCUUCCUCAGCAAACAGGCUUCAAGACCAUGACUUUUCUGGGUAUUGACACGGCCAGGAAGGAGGCGUUUAUGCCCGAGCGCGGGGCUCGACCUGGAGUUAAGAAAGUCAUGGUGACUGUGACGGACGGAGAGUCACAUGACUUCUACAACAUGAAGACGGUGAUCGCAGACUGUCAAGACGACGACAUCGAGAGGUUUGGCAUCGCUGUGCUGGGAGACUACAAUCGACAGAACAAAAGUUCAGAAGAAGUACAGAAGUUUAUUAAGGAAAUUGAAUCAAUCUCUAGUGAACCAUUACAUGACCAUUUCUUCAAUGUAUCAGAUGAGUUUGCUCUUCUGAGCAUCGUGGACGCUCUGGGAAGCAGGAUAUUUGCAUUGGAGGCUACAACUGGCAAUUUCACCUCCUCCUUUGAGAUGGAGAUGUCUCAAACUGGCUUCAGCGCUCACACGUCUAAAGACGGUGUGCUGCUCGGUGCGGUCGGAGCCUAUGACUGGAACGGGACAGUUGUGAUGCAAACUUCUAAAGGAUCCAUAGUUCCCGGGAAAAAUAGUUUCUACAACGCAGAGACCGAGGCAGGAUAUGAGCAGCUGGCUGGAUACAUCGGGUAUGAUGUCCAGUCAGCCUCCACCCCUGAUGGUGUCCUCUACAUCACUGGAGCCCCUCGCUACAACCACACGGGGCGGGUUGUCAUAUACCGUUUGGAUAUGGACAAUAACAUUGACGUCUCACAGAUCCUCAGGGGAGAACAGAUUGGGUCGUAUUUUGGCAGCGUCCUACAGACAGUGGAUGUAGACAAAGACUCCUUCACUGAUCUUCUGUUAGUUGGAGCUCCAAUGUACAUGGGCAGUGAAAAAGACGAGCAGGGUCAAGUGUAUGUUUACAAGAUCAAUGAGGAUGGCCGCUUUGAGUAUGAAUUCACUUUAAAACCCAUAAAUCAGUCAUGUUGUACUGCCCACUCAGACGCUUGCACCAAUAAAAAUGAACCUUGCGGGGCUCGAUUUGGUACGGCCAUUGCCGCAGUAUCAGAUCUCAACUUGGAUGGAUUUAAUGAUGUAGCCAUUGGGGCACCUCUAGAAAAUGACCACAAAGGGGCUGUGUAUAUUUAUCAUGGUGAGGGGGCCACGCUGAAGGAGAAAUAUGUUCAGAGAAUUCCUGCAGGCGGAGAUGGUGACAAAAUCAAGUUUUUUGGUCAGUCUAUUCAUGGAGUCAUGGAUCUUAAUGGAGAUGGAAUCACUGAUGUUACCAUUGGAGGCCUUGGGGGAGUGUCUCUGUUCUGGUCCAGAGAUGUGGCAGAGCUUCAUGCCAACAUGACCUUUGACCCUCCUAAAAUUCGACUUCAGCAAGCUCAGUAUCAAUGUGAACAUAACGGUCGCAAAUCAGUGUGUGUAAAAACACAAGUGUGUUUUGUCUACACAAUCAAAUCUGAUAACAAGGACAACAAAGUGGACAAUGAGAUGUUCUAUAAUCUGACGGUUGACGCUCUCCGGGCCAAAGCCAGGGCCUCGUUUCUCGAUAAAGAGGGUAAAAGUGACCGGAGGAUUAGACGCAAUUUCACCAUUAGUGACGGAGAAAGAAAAUGUCUAGAGGAGACUUUUAUGAUGUCGGCCAGACUGGAUUUCAGGGACCCUCUGAUGGUGUCUCUGGAUUUUGGACUGGUUAAUGAAGACAAGGGACCAGUAUUGGAUGAAAGUCUUCCUCGUUCUAUCAACAAAACAAUCCCUUUAGUGGACUGUGGGAGUGACGAGAGGUGCAUCACUGAUCUGUCACUCAAAGCAGAGCCAAGUGUAAAAACAAUGGUCAUCAAGGCAAACAAGGAGAGGAUAGACGUGAAAAUCAACAUUAAAAACUCCAAAGAUAAUGCAUACAACACAAAACUCAUGGUCAGCUUCACACCAAACAUUAAUUAUGUUAAAGUUGAGCCUGAAAAAGACUGCUCUUUGAACAACACAAAAGUGGAGUGUGCUGUUGGAUACCCCUUUUUGGGAAGCAAUGUGGAGGAAAACCUGGAAGUGAAGUUUGAGGUGAAUCCAGCACAUAUUCAAAACGAAAUCCAAAUCAAUGUGACAGCAACGAGUGACAGUGAAGAGUUAGAAUCGACCUUAUAUGACAACUCAGCGUACUUUUCAAUCCCUGUGCAGUAUGAAGCUGGACUUAUUUUCUCUGUGUGGCCCGUUGAUGAACAUAUCAUUGUUAAAGAGGGUGAACAGUUUGCAGCCGUGUUCAAUGACACCAGAAUGAUUGGGGAGGAGAUCAACAUCACAUAUACAGUGGAAAAAACUGGUGAUAUUAAAACUCCAGAACUUGAUCUGAGAGUGACCUACCCUCGCCUGUCUCCAAUGAGCAACAACUUAUUGUACUUGACUGAUAUCAAAACCAGCUCGAAGGUUAAGUGUAACGCUGCAGAGCUGAUCAACCCCGAGAAGCUUAACCCAAACAGUGUAAAACCAAACCCUAAAAAAGAAACUCUGGGAAACUUUGUGGUGAGCUGUAAAAACCUGCCGUGUGCAUCUUUUAUUUGUGCCAUUCCAGAGGCAAAAACAAGUCAAGUCAAUGUAACUUUCAGAGUUUGGAAACCUACGUUCAUCACGGCUGAAUUUUCCAGUCUGCACAUGCUCGUAAAUGCUACACUGGGAAUUAAAAACUCAGAUCUGUUUGUACUUAGUAGCACUAGCAGAACAAGAAGUGUGAAAAUCCAAAUUUCCAAAGAGACUUUAGGAGGCAUCCCUUUUUGGAUCAUCAUCAUUAGUAUUCUGAUAGGACUUUUGAUACUGGCACUUGUAAUCUUUAUCCUUUGGAAGAUGGGCUUCUUUAAAAGAAAACCCAGAGAGUUUUCUAAGGAGGACAUGAUGGACUGAAAUCCUCCCUGAGCACUUGACACGUGACACGCGCUUCAGAAGCCACACGUCAAAGACUUAAACAGCCAACUCAAAAGACAGAGGGGAUGCCAUAUGAACCAUAACCGACUCAAUGCACAGCAGUCAAUGCCUGUUACAGGACUCAGCAAAACUGGGAUUGACCUUUAACCUGGGCGGGUCUGUUUAGACGUCCUCGUUUCAGUGUUUGAGGUUCUGUGACUCACUCCAUGCAGUAGAAACCAACUGUGUUUCUAUGAAAAAGUGGAGACAGACUCUAUCAUUUUUCACCUUGCUUGUUCCUUUGCAAGCAUUUUUUUUUCCAAUUCCUGGGAGUUGUAUCAACUUUGUUUAAAAAAAACAACAAAAAAAACUCAGGUGCUUUGAGAGGGAAGACCGAGAGGUUAAAGACUCUUGUUCUGUGUCUUAUGCAUAUGAUAUCCAAAGGUUUAUUUGCUUGACAAACAAUCUAUGAACUUUGGUUUGAUUUGAUCAUGAGAGAAACACUGUAUUCAUUUUACCAGUUUGUGUUUUUUUUUCUACCUACAAUGUCACUUGGCACAUUGACCUCUUUUUGCCUAACACUGAUUUAGUUCAAUGAUAAAGGUGCUUCAUACUUUCAUACACCUGCUAUAUGUAAGCCAACAGUCAGAUGAAACAAAGUUAAAAUGUAUAUUUUUGUAUGAAAUUUGAUGCAACUGUCAUCACCUAAAUCAAAAAGACAAAACUUUCUUAUGCUUUAAACAUAAACCUUAUUGUUAUUGUAAAUAGAUGGACACUUCUUGUUGUAAAGCCUUGUGUACAGAUUGUUUUUGUUAAUGUUCUUUUUUUUUAUUAUUUAAAAAAAAAAAAAAAAAAAAUCUACCUUUUUAGUGAACAGUGCUCAAAACAUGAUUUUACUCAGGUAAUCUAAUUAAAGCAUCACCGCGGAAGAUUUCUGGUGGCGUGCCUCCAUAGAGAUGAAAAGUUUAAACCUUUUCAUACUGAGAAAUGUUUCAGGCAAAGUGCAAUAAGAAAAAAAACCUGUAAUUAAAUAUAUGCCUUUAUCUCAAUUAAUAUUUUUAUUUUUUACUGAAAUCUUGUGCGGUGGGGCUUUAAAGCUUCCAUCUGUAAGUUUAUUUGAUUUUGUCAGUAGAUGGCAGAUGUGAAACCUGCCUCCCCUCCCCUCCCCUGACCAUUAACCAAGUGCUCUGGUCUUCUGUCAGGCCAAAGCUGGUGAACUGUCAGACAGCAGUAACAUGGGCAGCAUCUAGUGGUCAUAUGUGAGAAUACAACAGGGCCAGGUCAGCUACUCGAAUUACAAAUGGUAGCUUCAAAUAUGAAAUUGCAUUGUUGGUCUUCCCCAGAAAAUUGCAGUCUUCAUCGUUCUAAAAUGUCUGUAAAUAACAUUUUUUGUUAUUAAUUUACAUGCAGUAGGCUACAAUUAAUAUGAUCGUAAGGAAACAAAAUCAUUCUUCAAUGUGUUCAAUGCUCAAAGCACUCUCUGACACUAGAAACAUUAUUGUCUAAUGAUUAUUUUUAUUUUCUAGAUAAUAGUUUAACCAUUAAACCAAAAGAUGUAGGCACCACUGCCAGUGGGUAAAUGAAGUUAAAGUUUCUGUUCACUGACACAGAUAGAGCUUGUCAGGGAUUGAGUUCACGAAUAAAACAGACAAACAUGUUGUGAGAUUGGAUGCUCCGCUCCAUCUACACUGCUGUGAAGUCUUCACUGUGAUGCACUGGUUUGUUUCCUCAUCAGCACAAUGUAAAUUCUGUUAUGUCAAUAUGUUUGAAAAUAAUUAAAAACAGUUUAUCACUCCC